AUGCCGAGAAUAAUCUAUAUCGAUGACACUGUUGCUCCUUACAUUACUCACUUGAUGGGUUCUUCUCAUCAACAACAACAACAACACAACUCUACUAACAUGACUUCUCCAGCAGCAUUAAGUACUCAUUCCGAUAUGGCAAAUUAUUCUGAAUUAUCAUCAUCAUUACCAUCAUCAUUGAAUAUCAACCAUCAUCAUGAGGAGAGCAAUAAUGAUGAUAUUAAAAUCAUUCGGUACUUACGAAAAAGACCCCUACGAACUGUUGAAGUUUAUGCGUUUGGAGAAGAGGAAUUUAUUUCCGAGUUUGUGCAUCCGAAUGGAAUUAUCAAGGAGGAAUAUGAUGAGCCUUGGUAUCUUGUAAAUUCUACUCAGAGCUCCAGCCGAAUUAAUUGUUUAAGCAAAGGAGGAGCAUUGUAUAAUAAUUUGUCUAACAAUUUUGAAAGCAAGUUAAAAUUAAUGAAAUGUAAAUUAUUGAAUAUGGACGAGAAUGUGGAGAAGAUAUUUUCUGGCUCCUGGCAUUCGUUAUUUAUUACAAAUAGAAAUAGACUAUUCUGUUUAGGAAAAAACACAGAUCAUCAACUAAAUAUCCAACAUGAUCCAUUCAUUGAUUCAACACAUCAAGUUCUAAGAUUUGAUUUUACUGAGCCAAUCAAAGACGCUGCUUGUGGAAAACGAAGUACAAUGAUUCUUACAAAGACAGGAGAAGUAUAUGGAGUGGGAUAUAAUUUAUAUGGAUGUCUUGGCACACAUGAGACAAAUAGAGAUUGUAGUCGCGUUCAUAUAUUAACCAAAGCAAAUAUAGGCCAACCAGUUCGACACAUUGCUUGUGGUAGCUAUCACACAAUAAUGUUGACACGAUCCAAUGAGGUAUUUUCUUGUGGUGAAAAUGUAUAUGGAGCAUUGGGUUUGAACGAUCAAGACAAUCGACGAAUUCCAACCAAAAUUUCGUUCUUUGACUCUCUCUAUAAGCUUGGAGAUUAUGUACAAUAUGCAUCAUGUGGAGAAUUACACACUUUGUUUUUAACACGGCGAGGAUUUGUGUAUGCCUCUGGAAGAAAUUAUUAUGGCCAAUUAGGCCUGGCUGAUAAUGAAUCCAGACUUGUUCCAACCCUAGUCAAGCCAGAAUAUUUCUCAAACGAGAAAAUUGUAUCAAUCGCUUGUGGUUGGAAUCACUCCAUAUUUUUGACAUCUGACAAUAAGGCCUACGUAUCGGGACGAAACAAGCAUGGCAUGUUAGGAACUGGAGAUUUCACAGACAGAAACAAACCUACUCUUAUCGAAAUACCUCAUGAAGAGAUUACAGAAAUUCAUGCUGGACGAGCCAAUAGCGUUUUUCAAACGAGUAAGGGCCAAUUGUAUUUUACUGGAUCGAGUUAUUUUGGUGAGAAACAACCUAUGGAUAUGUAUUUAUUUACUGAAAAAAGAGAGAAAACGAUUAUUGUGGUUCUUCCACAGGAUGAAACGAAGAUCCAUCACUGA